GGCUACAGACUGUUCCUCCAGUUAACCCUGAGCCGCGAAGUGCAAACGUACACCAGUAUCGGUACUGUUAAUUACCAUGCUUAUUAUGACGCUGGGAAGGUUGAAUUUGUUGCCAGUAACUACGUUUUACCAACUAUCCAUGGUCGGGAUCCAGCCGGGCAAAAAAGCUUAUCCUACCCCCUGUACCUCCUCUCGCAGGUGGUAAUCCUGAUUGAUGACCUCGCCGCCUUCCUCCAAGGCGAAUGUGUUUGGGACCUGAUGAAGCCUCGGAGCGUCUUUGUGGAGUGCGUCGUGUCUAGCGCCUUCAGGGCCCUCGGUGGGGAUGCCAGUCAUCUGACGGUCCUCCACGGCAGCGAUUUCAAGUUCGAGGGCUCUCUAGUGAACUGGACUGAAGCACUGGGUAACUGCCAUUUCCUCUGA